AGGAAGAACAAAUACAGUAAAAAAAAACGUGACGAAGAGUUUUUCCUGUGGAUGUUGGAGUAAAAUGUUAAAGGGAGCCUGAGUGGAUCAGGGUUGGUCACGGAGGUUAAAACAGGUCGCAGGAAUGUAAAGUCCGGGUUCGUCCGUGGGGGAAAUGGACGAAACGAGGCCGUUGUUGGCCAACCAGCAGCACCAGAUCCCAGAUCUUUUGUCUCCGAACCUGAGGCCGAGACACCAGAGUCUGAUUCCUACGCCAUGUGGACCGAUAAAGUCGUGGUCGGAGCUGUCCGCCCUGGUGAAGACCUACUUCUGCUUCACCGUCGUGUCCCUGCUGGCGCUGCUCAGCCUCACCGUGUCCAGCAUCUACAAGCAGCACAAGGACACGGACGUUGCCGACGAGGACAACUUCACGGUGUCCCUCAUCCAGCUGGUCGGGAUAUUGUUCUGCAUCUACUACAUCAGCCGUGGCGUGCUGCAGGAGAACCGACAGGAGCUGGUGGCGUUUGUGCUCAGCGUGCUGGUGGUCAUGAUCCGAUCGGUGGUCAACUUCUCCGUGGUGGGCUCUAAGGGCAAACAGGAGGUGCUGGCUCGCUUCGUGUGCAUCAUGUGCCUGGGCGUCAUACACGUGCUCUGCACCACGGUGCUCAUCCAAAGGCCCAACAUGAUGGCGUUCCGUGUGGGCGGGGCCCUGGAGAGCAUGCAGGAGCAGUACUUCCUCCUCAACCUCUGUUUCUCCAUGGUGACCUUUGACCUGCAGGCUCAGCUGUGUCUGUGCAUCCUGAUCACGACGUCGGCCUCCGCCAUGUCCGCUGCCAACACCAUCAUCCUGGGAGUCGGAGUGUUCUGGGCUUUCGUCACCGCCGUCGUCGGAGCUGUUGCGGUUUUGAAGGAAGCCAAGGUCCUGGUUUGGGUCUUCAUGGUGCAGAACCUUCCUGAAGUGGCCUUCUUCAUUUACCUGUUGUACUCGGUGAUAGAGAAGUGGUUCCACGACCAGACGUACACCCUGGAGGCGGCCACCGUCACCGGAGCGUUGAUUUCGCUGCUGAUCAAAGGCGUCUUGUUGUGGGGCCUCAUCAGGCUGGUGCAGAGCUUCGGACAGGGCCUCAGAGAGAGAAUGUUUACAUCCAGCUAGAGAUUCCACAUCGGCUGGCCGCUGCAUGGAGGACCUUCGCCGCAGCUUCUGCAGCCGGGACAAUGAACGUGGAGCUCCGACUUUCAUCCAGCGUUAACUCUACCAAAGCAUUGACCAAGCAUUUUAUUUACACACUUAUUAAACUCUAAUGAGCUGUUCGUCUAAAUUUAGCUUCACCAGAUUGUCUGUUUACAGGAUGAAAUAUCAGCUUUGCAUUCAUACCUUGCGUUAGAAUCGGUCAGUGUGCUAAGCUGUUUUCUAAUCUAAAUUGUUUUUAGUCUGAUUAAUUAUGUUUUUAAAAGCACAGAUAAUCAGCACAUAACAGGCCAAAGGCUUCUUUUCGGUUGGAAAUCAUUUUUGCCUGAUUUUAUUAGUGACUUAAAAGUGCUAUAUUUAUGUUUAUUUUCCUUCACAUAAGCCUAAACAGAGCUCUGCUGGAGUUCUGUUGGACUUUCUUAUUUGCGCUACAAGUAUUCCACUGAUUUGCUCUGUUCCUUAAGGAACCGCAAAGAGAUUUCUAUUUGUACCUUCACUGUAAGAUACACUGUAAUAUUUAAACGGGAUGUUGGUAUAUUUUUUUGUAAAGUGAAUAACGUUCCCCACUGGUGACGGACUGAUUUGCAUUUGUUUUCUGUACUACUUUUGCUCACUCACAGAUUUCUUAACAUCACUCUGCACCUUGAUGCGCUCGAUGUUUUUAUAUACUGGAUUCUUAAUAAAACUCCAAACCAAA